AUGGCUGCUCUUGCCAACGCUGCCGUGCUCCCCUCCACCUUCGUCGGCCAGAGCGCUGAGCUUGCCGCCAAGGUGAACAAUGUCGAGGCCCGCGUGACGAUGAGGAAGACAGCCAAGGCAGCUUCCAGCAGCGCCUUCUACGGCCCCGACCGCAGCCUGUUCCUGGGCCCGUACUCCUCCCCCCCGUCGUACCUCACCGGCGAGUACGCUGGCGACUACGGCUGGGACACCGCCGGCCUGUCCGCUGACCCCGAGACCUUCGCCAAGAACCGCGAGCUGGAGGCCCCCCCCCGGUAG